GGUGGCACGCUCUGUAUGGGCAGCACAGCGUUCGCCGCUCUUCCCUCCUCCAUUGGCGGCUGCGCCCUUCAUCUCGAUCUCGUCUCUCCAUUGCCAUCGCAAUACAGGAAGGUCGGCAGCGCCGCUCCAGGUCUGUCUCUAGAAACCCGGAGGACGUGGAGGAGGAGGCGCAGGGGCAGAGGGAAUGCGAUCAGCUUCCUCAUCCCUGCGGCAGCAUCCUCGUCUCCGAUCCCAGCAGCGCCUGGAUUAUCGUCCCCGCCGAAGGAGAAUUUCAGCUUGGAUGCCGCAGCAUUGCUCCAGUUUUUGCCCUUGAGCAAGACCCUCCCCAAGAUUCUUCCCCUCCUCCGGCCGCAAAUCCCACGGAUUCUCAGCGCCUGGGCCUGCGCCGCGGUGUCGGUGUCGGCGCUCUACGCUUUCGUUCCCCAGGUCGGCCAGCUCUCGAGCCUUUUGGCCGCGGGGGAUUUGGUCAGUGUUCGCCGAAAGGCCGCCAUGGCGAUCUUCCUUAUCAGCGCAAAGUCACUGGCACAGUACUGGCAGCAGGCUUUGCUUUGGGAGGUUGCUCUUGGGGUGACUUGCGACGUCAGGUGCCAUGUCUUUGAGACGGUGCUGAGAAAAGAUAUGAGCUACUUUGAAGGGCAGAGUGGAGCUGCCAAAGGUGACAUUGCUUACCGGAUCACGGCCGAGGCGGAUGCUACUGGAGAGACUAUCUAUGCGUUCUUAAAGAUGGUUGUCCCGUGUUUCUUACAGCUUGCAGCUAUGGCUGGUCGAAUGCUUUCACUAAGUCCCGUGCUUUCCUUCGCAACAGUCUCUGUAGUUCCGUGUAUGUCUGUGGUUAUUGCUAUUCUAGGGGAACAGCUUCGGGCCUUGUCAAAAAGAGGUCAAGACAGCAUCGCGAGAUUGUCAGCCUAUGUUAAUGAGGUUUUGCCUUCGAUGCUAAUCGUCAAAGCUUGCGCGGCGGAAUCUUACGAAGACGAACGGUUUAAGAGGCUUGCUGUUAUUGAUCGGCAGGCUCAUCUCAUGAAGAAGAAGAUGAAGGCUUUUAUUCCAGAGAUUAUCACUGGGGCUUACGCAGCAACUGGAGUUGUUCUAUUCGCUCUGGGAGCAUGGGUUAUCUCUAAAGGCAACUUCGACGGGACUGGCAUGGUGUCCUUCAUCACAUCUCUGGUGCUUCUUAUUGAGCCUAUCCAGCAAAUUGGAAAAGCGUACAAUGAGAUGAAACAAGGAGAGCCGGCAGUGGAGCGAUUGUUUGACUUGACUUCGUCGUUUCCAAAGAUUCUUGACGAAGAGGCAUCUCGUAGGCACUUGAAGAAUGUGAUCGGCGAUGUCGUGUUUGACAACGUAUGUUUUAGUUAUGGGGCUACAUCACCACGGGUUCUGCAAAACAUUAAUUUUCACGUGUGUGCUGGUGAAACUGUUGCUCUCGUUGGACCAUCUGGCGGUGGAAAGACCACACUGGCAAAGUUGCUACUGCGUUUGUACGAGCCUACGCAAGGAAAUAUUCUAAUUGAUGGGGAAAAUAUACAAGGUGUUUCUUUGGAAAGCUUGCGGCAACAAGUCGCGAUUGUUCCACAAGAAACUGCACUCUUUACGGGAACUGUGAUGGAAAACAUAGCUUAUGGGGUGAUGUCGAACGACAUCGACAUGAAAAGAGUGGAACGGGCUGCGACGAUGGCCAACGCCGACGAGUUUAUCAGGAGAUUACCAGAUGGUUACGAAACUAAUCUCGGCGAGCGGGGCUCAAGCUUAAGUGGAGGUCAGCGCCAAAGAAUAGCUAUAGCGCGAGCAAUAUAUCAUGGGCCGUCGAUCCUCAUCCUUGACGAGGCAACAUCAGCGCUGGACAACCGGUCCGAAAAGCUUGUGAGGGAAGCGUUGGAACAGCUGAUGAUUGGCCGGACCGUGUUCAUCAUAGCUCACAGGCUGGAGACGGUCCAAAAGGCCGCGAGAAUUUUCCUCCUUGACGGUGGCAAGUUGGUGGAGGAAGGAACGCACUCGUCACUCAUAGCCCGAGGCGGGCAGUACGCGUCCCUGUUUAGCGCCGGCAGGGACGACAUAAGGCCACAACUAACAGCCAAAUGAGCACGACAAGCAGGAGAAAAGGCGAUACAAGUUUUGUCCGAUCGGUUACAGAGAAGGCUAGAAAGAGUACACUUUUAAAGCUUGUACGAUGAUUAGCGAUGGUGUCACUGUCUCUCGAGACACUUCACGCUGCAAACCCACCGCGGCGGUGCGCUGUUACAAGAGUCUCAUUGGUAGGUUGCCAGAUCCAUUGACAAAGAACAAUCUGGCCAAGAACAAUCAAGGCAGCGAAAGAAAUAUGACUAGUCGGUGAUCUCUCUGGAAUGCGUAGCGGCAUCGCGUAUGACCUGUUUGAUAUUUGGAAAAUAAAGGGUCUUUGUCCAUAGUGUGGGCUAUAGCCUUGGGAAGAACACAGACAAACAAGGGAGAAAGAGUGGUGCUCGUUGAUCGCGAAGAUACCGAGGUUUGGACGGCGCGGAUAUAAAAAGCCCCAUCGCGCCGUUGGCUUGAGCUCCAUUUGCGAGAGAAGAGGGAGGAAGAGAGGCGAAGAAAGGCGCGCGCGCUCCAAGUUUCUUGGGAGGAAGACUCGAUCAAUGCGGCUGGGUUUCUGGGCUUAGAUCCCAUCCAAGGACGCUAGAAUGGAUUCGAUCGAUCCGGCAGUGGUGGCGCAGUUCUUCCUGGGGUCCGACAGCGCGCCGGGGAAGAAGCACUACCACUGGCAGUGCAAUUGCGCGCUCCACGCGCAGACUGGGCAGUGCGGGCACUCUCCUCCCGCGGGAUCAAGCAAGGUAGUGCUGGCCAAGAGCGCCAAGAGCAAGAGCGUGAUCGCCAAGAGCGCCAGCGCCACGGAUCUCGCGCCGGCGGCGUCGCUGCGCGAGAGCAGCCGGCGGCAGGGAUCCAUGGGGAACCUGCUGGAGCUGCUGGAUCCGCGCAGGAGCCACGAGGAGGUCCGGCGCGUCGCAGCAAAGCGAGAGCCACUGUGAAAAAAACAGACGAUCGAAGACGAUCAAACUACCUCGUUAGUCGAAGAUCGGGAGAGAAGUCAGUCUAUAAAUUAGCUUGUAGAGAAACAUUUAGUAUAGAAGUUUACAUAGAUGUUCUUCGCGAGCUCUUGGAAGAAAAA